AUGUUUGGGCAAUCUGAGGGAUCUCUGGGGACGGUAGAUCACGACUUGCACCGAAUGCGGCCCGCGGCUAUCAGCUCCUUCUUCUCGAAAUCCAAUGUUCGAAAACUUGAACCCAUCAUCCACUCGAACAUCUCCAAGCUAAUGGGAAGAAUGUAUGAGCUGGAGUUCACGAGCCAGCCUAUCAAUCUGAACGUUGUAUACAGUGCGUUUACGAGCGAUAUCAUAAUGGAGUAUGGCUUUGGGGAAAGCCAGCACUACCUGGAAAAAGACGGUUUUAACGCCGAUUUCUUUGGCAUGAUGGACUUGAUGCAUCACCUCCGCGCUGCAGCGAAACAAUUCGGCUGGUUGUUGCCUGUGAUGCUGUCUAUUCCUGAGUUCAUCACGACGAGGAUUGACAAAGGCAUGGCUGCAAACAACAAAGGCCUUGGACGAUACCUCGUCACGUUUAGCAAAGGCUCGAGACAGUGCGUCGGAAUCAAUCCCGCCUACAACGAGCUCUUCCUGCGUCUGAACGCCGUCUUUGGUCGUUUCGGUGGUGUGGCGGGCGUGGAUUCGACAGCAGCAGCCACGCUAUCCCUGUUCAAGACGACGAGGGCGGAUAUGGAGUCAGAUCGCGACUUGUUCGUUCCGGGUCCUAAGAAGGGAAGUAAAGGGGUCCGGGUGGUGUUCUCGCUUCAACGAAGAAAGAAAGGUGGCGGCGAUUCGCUUUGCAAUCUCAGUCAGCUGUAG